UUCACAAAAUCUUACUUCCACUAUAGUGGUGAACACCCACUUUCGACAACAUAGCAUAAUACUCAAUCUCCGACUUCCAGAGGGGUGGGCAGUUGUUGGAAAUGAUAACCAACUUUCUUGAGGUAAAAGGAGAGAAAAUAAUCCCAAUUCAGUCCAUCAAUCAUUUCCCUGUAGUUACAUUUCGCAUAACAAAAUUCAUUUCCAUCACUAUUGAAUGCAUUUAAUCCCAAUUCAGUCCAUCCGUUUACUUCUUUUAUCCCUAAUCGGCUAUUCCGAUUCAAUCAGCGGCAAUACGACAUCAAAGGAUUCAAAGCUUUACGCCUUUAAGAAUUUUAGAAUGGACGGAGAUCAGACGCCGACAAGGAUUCCCUUUGAUGACGGAGGCUAUGGAACCUACUCCGCUUUCUCCGCCGAUACUCCGUUGUACCAAUCUGCUGGCGGAACAUGCCUCUCAGUCCAUUGACAACCCUAAACCUUACAGAUUCGGAUGGUAUCCGUACCAAGGACAUCUCGAUCCAUUUGGAUCCUCGCCUGUUCCAGUUUCCAACGGGAACAGAAAGCCCUAUAAGCUCAGGGAAGAUUCCAAUGGGAUAUUCAUCUCCGUGUAGCGGUAGAGGUGAUAGUGUGGCAGAGAGUGACAGUGUGGUGGGGGACAUAGCAGAGACAGUGGGUGAUGGAGAACCGUACAUCCGGCAACUAAUUAGGGCAAACGCCACUGCAAGAACGGCCGACCAUGAAGGAGAAGCAGGCUAUGCGAUCGAUCGGCAAUUACUAGGCUGCGCGAAGGUCCAAUCGGCGAUUCACGAUGAAGAUGGAGAUUGUUUGGAAGUCCGAUCGGCAAUUGAAGGAUCAGCGACAGCUGCUUGGAUAUGCGAAGAUCUGAUCGCGAUUCCAGUUGCUCCCGAUUUUUUCUUCGUGAUUCCAGUUGCUCUGGAUCUUUUCUUCGCCAUUUCCAGUUUAUUCAGUAUUACUCAGUAUAUGAAGUAGUAUAUGAUAUGAAUGGUAGGUUGUUUAAGAUUGGGUACUAGGUUACAUGGGAAUGAGUACUAAUGUGUUUUAGAAUGAAUGUUAUGUUAUACAUAAAUGAAUAUUGAAUAAAUUUGUGAAAAUGAAUACGACGUUAUUUCUGAAUGAGUACUGCGUUAUUUUAGAAUGAGUACCACAUUUUUCAAAUGAACUAUUAUGCUUAUG